ACGGAAAGGGAGACGUGGGUGCGGUCGGGAGAGAUUUCAGGGCUGGGAAAAGCAUCCCCUCCCUCCACUUUUCCGUACUGGGAAUGUCUGUUCACGAUUCUGGGUGCAUACCAGGCUCUGUUGCCCUGCCUGCGCCAUCUCUGGAUGUUAUCGUUGUUAACCGCAUCCAUUCCACCAUCACCAUCUGCUUUACUGCGACUUCUCACCGUUCCUAGCUCAGGGUCUUUUCCGACAUUGUCCUCCAGCUCCUCACCUUCGUGAUGCCCACAGUUCCCUGCAUGGUGCUGGAAAUGCGGUACCUGAGUGGAUGUGGUGCUCUCGUGUCACUGCUUUUUUCCCUUUUCCAAACCAAUCAACCCAGGUCCAGGAACGAGUAGUUAUGGUAGUUGCAACUCUACAAGUUUUGGAUUUAUAGACGAUUUGCCAGAGUCAGCGGGUGCGAGGUUUCUCGCUCUCUCGUAGAUCCCCAUCUCUUUGCAUUCUUUGUUGAUAAGGAGAGUAGUCGCUGAAAGCACCGAGGGACAGGGUGCAUUCUGGUCAAUUAGACGUGAGUCCAUCUUGUCUGGGUGGGGAGCCGAGGGGGUACAAGCAUUAGAGAGGUUCAGAGAUGUGUAGGAUGUAGGCGAGGUGUCAAGUGUAUGGGUAUCAGUCGAACACUGUUGCACAAGUCGGUAGCAGUGGGAGCAAUUUAGAGUGUGGGGGAAGGAUUGGAGCAGCAAUGGCGGCAUUUAGUGAACCGGUGGAUUGGCUAGCGGACAACGCUGCUCGAGACGUGGGCUGGCAGAUGGUCCAUGUCGGCGACAAAGCUCACAACCUCACCCUGAACCCGGCGACUUCUUCCUUUGCAGUUGCUCUCGAGUCUACCUCUCUAUGGUCAAUUUCCACUCUAGACUACGCCGUGCAUAGAUUUCUGAAAGAUUUUGUUGAGCUGGACAUGAGAAAACCAAGUACCAUCACAGCCGGUUUGCCCCUCGUGAGCAGCCCCACGCCUGUCGUCUUGGCCAUAUUUGCUUACAUAGUAGUCGUCUGGCUGUGGAGCUCGUACAUUAGACGAGUGGGGUUGAAACCUCGCUCGCAGGACCCCGGAUGGUUGCGGGCGCUGGUGGUUGUGCACAAUUGGUUCCUGUGUUGUCUCAGUUUCUAUAUGGGUUGUGGAAUCAUCUCCGAAGCUCGUCACCACGGAUAUUCAUUCUUUGGUAACUCUGGAAACGAUGGAGAAGUUAAAAUGGGGUUCUACAUUUACAUUUUCUACGUUUCAAAGCUGUACGAGUUCAUGGAUACGAUAGUCAUGCUCUUGAGAAUGAACUUGCGGCAAAUAACUUUUCUUCACGUGUACCAUCAUGCAAGUAUUUCCUUCGUAUGGUGGAUUAUUAGCUACGUCUGUCCCUAUGGACCUGCCUACUUCUCUGCGGCACUUAACUCGUGGAUCCACGUAUUCAUGUACCUGUACUAUUUGCUGGCAGCCACUAUUGCCAAGGAUGAGGAACGACGUCGCAAAUACCUCUUCUGGGGCAAAUACUUAACCAUGUUUCAAAUGCUGCAAUUCGUAUCCUUCAUUGGACAAGCAGUGCAUGGGCUCGUGAACCCCAGCACUUACCCAAAAAACAUGCCAAGAAUGCUGUUUCUCUACUCCUUGUCGUUGUUAAUUCUCUUCUGCAACUUCUUCGUCGCCAAAUACAUGAAAUCAUCUCCCAAGUUACAAUCGAAGCCAUUCAAGACCGAGUAGGACAAGAGCCAUUUUUUUGAACGUCAAUUCUGCGGCAGUUUUCCUCUUCUGAAUAGUCUGUUGAAAUUUUUCAUUUCAGAGAAAGCCAUCUUCACUGCACCUUUAUCUCUUGCAUUGGUUGUAUACUACAACGUUUGACCCAUUCCGAAUGCAGAAGACUUCAUCCAAUCACUCAACCAACAAUGAUGAGAUCGUCACGUAUUUUCCUGAAGGAAUUGAAGCUAAAUUAGUUGUCAAGCA